GCCCACAGGAGAACGGCGUGCAAUUUCAAUUCCGAGUUCAAGUACCCUCUAUGCUUCCCAUAGACGUCUUGAAUUUUCUGAAAUCCUCCAAGCUAGUAUUUUAGUUUUAGUUAACCAUGGACAGCGCACGAAUCAAAGCCACUACGCACUGUUGCACUGCAAGAAAAUGAGGGUCGUUAAUCUGUGCAGUGUGGCUUUGGCGGACGGAGAAUAGGUAUAAUGGCUGCUGAGCCUCCUCUGUGGAAACGCGUUCACUCUGUUACCGGCCCGACGCCUCGAGCGAGACACGGACACCGGGCUGCAGCUAUCCGGGAGCUAAUCGUAGUGUUUGGAGGUGGAAACGAGGGAAUAUCCGAUGAGCUGCACGUCUACAACACAGUUUCCCGACAGUGGUUUCUUCCCGCGGUCAGAGGGGACAUCCCUCCCGGCUGCGCCGCGCAUGGUUUCGCCUGCGAGGGCACGCGGAUCGUGGUGUUUGGAGGCAUGGUGGAGUUUGGGAAGUACAGCAGCAGCAUCUACGAGCUGCAGGCAAGUCGCUGGCUGUGGAAGAAGUUAAAGCCCCGCCCGCCGAAGAGUGCCCCGCCCCCUUGCCCUCGUCUAGGGCACAGUUUCACACUCCAUGGCAGCAAGUGCUACCUGUUUGGAGGGCUAGCCAAUGACAGCGAGGACCCAAAUGGGAACGUGCCGCGGUACUUGGAUGAUUUCUAUGAACUGGAGUUGCAGACACAGUCAGGGGUGAAAGGCUGGAGCAUUCCUGAAACAAAAGGGGUGGGGCCCUGUCCCAGGGAGUCCCACACCUGUGUUGUGUACAGUGGCAGCGCCGGCAGCUCCCCAAAGCUGUAUAUUUUUGGAGGCAUGUGUGGGCAGAGGCUGGCAGACCUGUGGCAGCUGGAUAUCGAGACUAUGACUUGGUCAUUACCUCGGACCACGGGACCCUGUCCACUACCGAGAAGCCUCCACUCCUCGAAUGUGAUUGGAAACCAGAUGUAUUUGUUUGGGGGCUGGGUACCUGCUGAGGAGUGGGAUGGUAAAGCAAACGCUUUAGGACCAGAGUGGAUCUGUACGAGCUCCAUGUCGGUACUAAACCUGGACACAAUGACGUGGAGCAGUCUGAACCCAGAGGUUCCGCAGCAGUCGGGCUCAGGCCUGCGCUCUGCAGGCGUGGAGGACGAGGAGGGUGGCCGUUGGCCCAAGGCCCGCGCGGGCCACUGCGCUGUGACCAUCGCCACCCGCCUCUACAUCUGGAGCGGCCGCGACGGCUACAGGAAGAACUGGAACUACCAAGUGUGCUGCAAAGACCUGUGGUACCUGGAAACAGAGAAGCCAUCUUCCCCAGCAGCGGUGUUUUUGGUGAAGUCCACAAUCAACAUGCUUCAUGUAGCCUGGCGCCCCCUACCUGCAGCUGAAUGCUACUUACUUCAGCUGCAGCCUGUCACUCAUUCUCUGUCCCCGCCCACCAGUGGCUCUGAUUUGCCAAACACGUCGGCUCCACCUCCCAGUACUGGACAGGAGGUGAAGCGUCUACAGGAAUCUGUCCAAUCAAAGUCCGAGACAGCUCGAGACAUAGGAUGUGCAGAUGGAUCGUGUGAAGGAGAGAAUGGCUCAUCACUACAGGAGAGACCGGUAGCUGAGUGCAGAGAAGACAUCUGCUCUGCGGCGGAUCAGAACAGAGGACACUUCCGUCCCGUCACUGAUGUCUGUGCAGCAGAGUCUGCCCCUGCAGUAAAUGGCAAGCCCUUUGACCAAGUGAGGUGCGUGUCCAUGAAGGAGCAGAAUGGGGCAUCCCAGCAGCACCGAGAACAAGAUGCCUCUUCUCAGCAGACUAAGAGUUGUGAAGACUCUACAUGGUUUAAUGUGGGUAUAUUUAGAACGCUCUUCUCUGAGGUCACACACUACUAUUUACCCUCUGAGGGUGGAGUCACCAACCGAAUCUCUGAUAGUGAGUGGAAGAUUCCUGGGCCUCACAGUUUCGAAGCGCAAGAGAAGCAAGAGCUGGCACCUGGUGUUUCCUACCGCUUCAGGGUGGCAGGCCUGAACAGCUGUGGUCAGGGAGAUUUCAGUCCUGUCAGUGAGUUUAAGACCUGCCAGCCUGGAUUCCCCGGAGCACCUUCUGCUGUCAAAAUCACCAAGGCUUCUGACACAGUGCACAUCACCUGGGAGCCACCCACCUCUCUGUCAGGGAAGAUUCUAGAAUAUUCCAUGUACCUGGCGGUGCGAAAGACCCGGGGGAGCAACGUGGUGAAGCCCGAGGAGCUUGGGUUUAUACGCAUCUACCGUGGCACCAAGACCUCCUGCACUGUUAGUGCCACGCACCUGAGCAACGCGCACAUCGACUGCUCAGCCCGGCCUGCAGUCGUCUUCCGCAUCGCUGCGAAGAAUGAGCAGGGUUACGGCCCGGCCACGCAGAUCCGCUGGCUGCAAGAUACCAGUAAACUGAAGUCAUCGGGGUCGCAACCAGACUCCAGCUUUACAGAGGACGAACCCAAAGCCACCCGCGGGUAAACUCUGCUCCUCAGAAGGCUGAUGUGGCUUGUUUUGAUUUUCCUUCUGUUCAACUGUAGCUGUUAAGAAAGCAAUACCCUUUAUAUACUUAAAUGCACCUCUGAUCAUUUGUAUUCACUGUAAAUGUAAAUUGCCUAACUUAUUUUUAUAUAUUAAUUUUUGUACAUAAAAAUGUGUGAACUUGUGAAAAAUAAGUUAAUUUGGUUAAUGUUUAGGUUGUUCCUAAACCUUUUGUUCAUAGUAUAGGGUAGAUCUUUCCCCAGCCAUAAUAAACACACCUUUGAAUUUGUAUUUCUUACAUUAUUACUCUAAGUACUGCAUUAGUAAUGCAAACUCUGUAUGGGAGAUUUGUGCCCUCCUGCAGAUCAUAAUUUGAAGUCUUUACUCAGUUUACUUGGAUGUGACCAGACACUCAUGCCCCUCCACUGUAUAAGGUGGCAGGAUAAGAUUCUUCAUACAUAAACCUUCGUCUGGUCCAAGUUUACCUGCUUCCAGGCAUCAAGAUUCUGUAGAAAACAGUUGGUAUUUUACCUUAAGUAUAAAGGGGUUCCAAGAGACCACUUUAACCACAGUAAUUCCUUAAUCCUGCUCAGAUUUAGUGGGCUACAAGUUUUAGUUUAGAAUGGUAAUCAUCCCAGAAACACCCCCCACACAAUCAUUUCUACUUAUUUUCAGACAUCUAAUCAUAAACUAAAAUAAGCCUUAAAGUAUGCAGGUCUAAAGCCCUCAGUACACUUGAUGCAUUUAGUCCCACAAAUAGACAUACCUGUUGUGUAUGUGCUGUUUAUUUUUCCAUGGUCAAAGAGUGUGAAAACAUUUGUAAAGGCAAUAUAUUGGUGCUUACCUUUUGGUAUUUCCCUUUUCACAGUACUAAAAGUCUUAACAUUAGAGGGUAUAAUUUAACUAUGCAUUACAUGACUAAUGUCCAGUACGAUCACAAAAUAGUUUGUCAUUUUUGUCUGCUCGAAUUUAUGAUGCUAGUCUGUAGAUGCCUACUCACAACUGAUUUUCGAGUCUUUUUGUUUCAGACGUUCUCUACCUUUGUUCCACUGUAUGCAUUGGAUUCAUGGAGCAAAACUAAAUUAAAAAUGUAUAGUGUC